AUGAUUGAACAAACAAAGACUAAAAAAACCUACAUAAGUAGCUCCCAGCUCAUGAAAGAAAAACAACAAAAAUACAAUCUCAAUAUUGUUUGGAAUGUUACACAAAUAAUGCUUAAGGGAAAAAAAAUGCUUGAUCAGAUAUCAAACUUGAUAUGUAUCAUUGAAGUUCUGCAAUUUGCUUUGCACAGGACAUUAUCACAAGUGGGUGGAAGACAGUUUGCACUCAAGCGCAUUUAUCAUGACAAAAUGACUUCUCAGUCACUUUUUUCUGAAGAACUAAAAUCUGUCUGA